AGAGAAUGAAGGUUGUUUACCCAAGAAAACACCACCAUCUCAUUUUUCAUUCAACGAUCUCACGAAGAUGGCCGCCAAGCGAAAAGCUACGUCAACUCUCACGCCUACCUCUCCUGUGAAACGUGUCACGAGAGGCUCCUCCAGACCAACUCCUGAGCCAUCAGCAACCCCCUCCUCGACGGCCCCUAAGAAGCAACCUACUACUACUUCCAAGAAAGCCGCUGCUAUUUUAACGAAAUCGGCGACUUCGUCCAAGAAAGCUGCCUCUCGAAAGGCUGGUAAAUCCAAACCCGCACCAGUGGCGCCAGCGUCGGCUAGUCUUCCUGCGUUUUCAUUUGGUGGUUUCGGAACUCCAUGUCCAAUGCCCGCGCCAACUAUGCCAACGCCCACAUCUAGCCCAGCCAUCGCUCGCCCAUUGGACGAAGUGUACAGCCGGAGCCUUGGUGCAUCGUCUGCAUCCGUAGUGGGCGACUACGACGUCAUGUUGAACCAAGUGGCCAUCACGGCAUCCACUAGCAACAACAAGUUUUACCGGAUCCAGCUGAUUCAGCAAAGCCCCAACAUGUGGAAUGUCUACAGUCGAUGGGGGCGGGUAGGGGAAGACGGGGUCUAUCGUCUGUGGGGUCCCAUGGCCACGCUGGAGGACGCAGAAAGGGUGUUUUGCCAAAAGUUCAAGGACAAGUCCAAGAACAACUGGGCCGACCGCUACAACUUUGUGCCCAAGAAGGGCGCGUACGAAAUGGUCGAGCUCGACGAAAAAGCCGCCAUGGUGUCGACCUCGGACGGACCCAAAGUCAUCGGCGACGACUCGGUCCCGUCUCAAUUAGCACCCCCCACCCAGAAACUCAUGCGCAUGAUCUUCGACAAGGCCAUGUUCAAAAGUGAACUCGUCCGCAUGCAGUUGGACCCGAAGCGCAUGCCACUCGGCACCCUCAGCAUCAACCAAAUCCAAAAAGGAGUGGCCGUGCUCGACACUCUGCGGGAUUCCCUCGAUGCUGGACAAGUCACCACAAGCCACCUGCAAACGCUGUCGGCCAAGUUUUACCAGCUCAUUCCGCACGCGUACUCUCGGUCGACGAUCCCCCCAGUCCUCAACACCCCCCAGCAACUCGAACAAAAGUAUGAGAUGUUAUCUACUUUGCACGAUAUCGUGGUGGCGCAAGACGUAGAGAAGGCUCUGGGGGAUGCCGCCCCCACGACCAAACACAGCUUGGACCUGAAAUACGCUGAGCUCAACGCUGGCUUGGACGUGGUGACACCGGACGACCCGUUGCACGAAGUCAUUAUGCAAUACGUUGCCAACACGAAAGGCACAGGAGGCGGUGGCUUCAGUUGUUAUGCAAGCAAGUUGGUUGUGCAAGACAUUUGGGCCGUGCGUCGAACCCCCGAAGAUCAAUCAUUUUCGUCCUUCGAUAGCACCCCCAACCACCGACUGCUGUGGCACGGCACCAACGUGGCGGUGGUGGCGGCGAUCCUUAAGUCUGGACUUCGCAUCAUGCCGUCGUCGGGGGGACGAGUCGGCAAAGGCAUUUACCUGGCCAACAUGCUGGAAAAGUCCAAGUCAUACGUGCGACCCACGCACGUCGAUGGUCACAACAUAGGCUGCCUCUUCUUGGUCGAGGCGGCGCUGGGCAAGAUGCACGAGAUCCGACAGGACGACUCGAGACUGACCAAAGCACCAGCGGGGUACGACUCUGUGCUGGCCAAAGGCACUUUGCACCCAAAUCCGGACGAGGACCGGAUCGUGCAAUUGGAUGGUCAGGACGUUCGGGUCAACGUAGGCCGCCCCGUGACAUUGAAGAACGAACACUCGUCGUUCCACCACGACGAAUAUUUAGUGUACCAAGAGUCCCAGCAACGACUGCGCUACAUCAUUACGUUCAAAAUGUAACAAGUUGAACCAUGUAUGUACUAUAUUUGACCUUGUUCGUCAAGAUGCAUAUGACGCCGAAGCCUUAACGUUAGAGUAUUGGAAGGAAGAGUAAAGUGCCAAUGAGACGCGAAGUUCCAAUGAACAUUUGGUUCUCUAACAUCCAUUCCAGCCUUUCAAGACUGGUGGAUGUUCGAAUGUGGGGGGGGGGGACUCGAUUGAGAUGCGACUUCCCGCGAACUAUUCCUGUAGUACAGGGCAGUUGUUAGAUUGAGUACAGUAGUAAGGACUUGACCUGGUUGUUAAACAAUUUCGCGCUAGCUUA